UAAAAAAUGCAUCGGUAUUUACAUCUCUGUGUUAUUCUUUCAUUUGCAAAUAGUGUUAUGUUACUUUGUGAUGACAGCGAGUUUGUGCGAAUACAUAACCGUAUCAAUACAGAAAAAGAAAACAUUGGCAAUGAACUGUUGGACCAUUACGAUGUACUCGAUGAAUUAAAAGAGUUAGUCAAGAUCCUAAAAAAGCACAUUACUGAAGCAGAAAACAAACUAAAGGAAUUAGAAACAAAUAACAAUAAGGCAAUUAACGAGAUCAUUGGAUUGAAUAGUACCGAACAAACAAUGUUUAUAGAAUUUAAAAAAAUAAUAGAUUAUUUAGAUUCAUUUAAUAUUCCUGAUAUAAGUAUCGAUGGUGUACAGAACAACACUGAUUCGGUGGAGAAUAUUUUAAAGGAACUUAAUAUUAUGGAAAAAGAUUUAAAUAAUUUAGUUGAAAAAUACAAUCUAAUAAAUAUCACUAAAACCAUUAUGAAUAUACCUCAUAGUGUUGCAGAAGAUCUCUCAAUUUUAGAAAAAGUAAUUUCUGAGGACAAUCCAGAAUGCACAAAAGAAAUGGAGGAAGAUUUAAAAUCUUUAUUUAAAGAAUUGGCAACUUUACUAGAUUUUAAAAGUAUUUUGCAAGAUAUCGAAGAAUUAAAAGAAAUUUCUGAUAAUGUCAGUAUAACAGCAGCAGAAGAAGUUAAAUUCGUUAAUGACCUAUUACUCAAAGAAAAACAGGCUAAAGUCUUUAAAACGCUUGCAAAAACAUAUGAAAGCUAUGAAGAAGAUUAUAAAUAUAUCAUGGAAGAAUUGAAAUCCGAAAACUGUACAGAUGUAGAGCAGUGUAUUACACAAGCCGAAGAGGACAUUACAAAGUAUACAGGCAGAAGCAAAUGUAUCUCUAAUUUUUUAAAUAAUUGUUAUGUGAAGAAACCUUCCGACAGAAAUGUACUACAUAAAUGUGUGAAGAAACAAGGAGAGUGUAGGUUUUCGCCCAUAUAAUUGUUUUUUGAUGUUAUAAUGUUUUAUCAAUUUACUAGAUUAGUAAUAUUUCUUCAUAAUACUAGUUUUGUGUGCUGACAACCUAAACAAAUAACUUCAAAAUUUGCAAACCCAAGUGAUGGAAAUUAACUUGUAUAUUUUUUCGAAAUAAAUCACAAUUGUUAUUAA